AACAUUUCCGGAGGAGGCGGAUAAUCCCAAUCCCAAAUACAAGCACGAAGGUGUUACAUCUAAUCGCUUCAACAGAAACGGUUUGUAGAAUUCUGUGCAAAUUAAGCACAAUAUAGUUAAAUUAAUCGUGAAUUUUACACCAUUCAAAAUGUUAUUUUUUCUCACUGAGUUUCUUAUGGUGUAAAUUGCAAGAAAUCCAACCUCUGUUCUAUAAUGUAACAGCUGUCAUCGUUUCUGGAGAACAAGUACCAGCAUUCCGUUUAGGCUCCAUGGCGAUAUUUCAUUUAGCUCUAAGUUUAAUGGCGGCAGCGGUCUGGAGCGUCGAAGGUGAGCCUCGAAGUCUGUCUACCUCUCCGGCCGAGCCGUUGAACACGACCUCGGUCAUACUCCGAGAACAUGACGGCGGCGGCGGUAAUGGCACGCAUGAUGCGGUCGGAGCUCCAACUUCGUUCCUCAUGACGCAUCUGCCCACGCUCAAAGUCGUCGUCAUUUUCACCUGCGUGUUGACGGGUGCUCUCAUCACCUGCCUGCUCGCCAAAGUCGUCAGAUCUGGGCGUAGAUUAAGGAAAACCAGGAAAUACGACAUCAUCACAACACCCGCUGAACGAGUGGAAAUGGCGCCCCUCAACGAUGAGAACGAGGACGAGGAUGACUCGACUCUAUUUGAUGUCAAUUACAGGUGAAUCCACCACGGACCAAUAUUUCACAUUUUGGAUCAACCCACUAGACGUCCUGUGUUUGUGUCAAAUGGCUCUUGGGUGACUGGUUGAAAAUUUUCAUUGCAGUUAACAUCGAAACUAUGUGUUGUUGUUAAGCCACAUUUUUGUGAGACACUGGAAAAUGAUGUGCUUACACAAGUUCAACUUUUGACUUUGAUACCAGAUAUAUCUACCGAAGUCUUCAGUGCACAUAAUGCUCACUGUUCUAAAAUUUGGAGAAAACGUUUUUGUUUGUUUCAUUAUAUGUGCGAUCUUUCUAAGUCGCUGCUAUCCUAGUUGUAUCUUACAUAUCAUAAGAAUAGAAACAUGCUAUAUUUAGAUCUUUCUACACUAUAUCUGUUUUUGUGGUUGUAUGAAUUCAAGUUAUGACCACAUCUAGACUCGAUGUCUUAGUAUUUUGGGUUCAAACACUAAAAAUGUGAUAAAAUUAUUUGGGUGGUCAGUUUGUGUUCUAUGUACUGUAUGAAUGCACCAUGUUGUAUUGGGGCAAAACAAUUCAAAUGUGUGAUCCAGUUUAACAGAAUAUUUCUCCAAAUAUUUGAAAUUGAGUCACCCGACUAAUGUGAAACACAAGUCAUACUGUUUUGAAGUACAAAAACUCACAAUAAUCAACCAUUGAAUGGUCUGUGAAAACAUCACUUUUAAUAUUUGUCCAUACAGUAUGUUUUCAUUCAAGAUUUCGUUGACUUUGACUCAUUGGCUGCCGUUGACUGACAUCGAAAAAAAAGAGCCACACGAUUGGACGCCUAUGGCAGUGAAAGAGUUAACAUCAUAUUCUUUUUGUUCUAUGAAUGUUUAUACACACUCAAGCAGGAUUUCAGGGUUUAAUGUCUGACCAGGGUUAAAUGUUUUUUCAUUAAAAAAACACUUCAUUCCAGUAUUGUCAAAAUCAAAUGUACAUUAUAUCUGAAUGUACAGUACAUUGUGAAGUAGCCACCCUGUUUGUGUGUGGGAGGGGAUGACCCUGUUCAUCCAAAGAAUAUAUCAAGGGAUUGGAAUAAAAUCAUUUGCAAAUCUGUGAAAUAAAAGCACUUUUUAAGUGCUUGGCCCUUUAAGAUACUCCUUUUUUUUGUAUGACAAAAGUACAUUCAAGUUGUCAUAAAGAGUUUAAAUCCAGAAAUGGAAAUAUAUUAGUUGAAACAUUUCAAGAAAAAACAUGCAGGGUUUGCAGGAAUUAAAUGUAAAUAGGAAAGAAUAGCUCACAAUUUUUGGUAAAUACUUUUGGCAAAAAAAAACAGCAGCUUGGAAACUAAAUAAAACAAUACACAACUUUCUGUAUCUGUUAUAUUUUUUUUGUGGUAUCUUUUUUCUGUCUUUGGAGAAAAAACAUUUCUCAACAUAUUUUGUAAUUGGAAAUGAUAACGACCACUCAGUUACAAAACGUGAAAAUAGUCACCUACUAUAAAUUUAUGACAUUCGUUGUACAAUUAUAACUUCAUUUUUGAGUAAAUAUGUUUUUAAAAUAAAAAUCCUAUUGCAGCUUAUUCUAUAAUAAACCUGCUUUCAGCGUAUUAACAAUAACAUUAAGAUUCUGAUUAUUUCCCUCACUUUUAAUUCAGUCAUUACUGUUCUAAAACUUUAACAUUGUUUUUUAUAAAUUUAUUAUUGUUUUUUGUUGUUGCUGUCCUAUUCAGAUGUUUAACUUUUUUCUCAGAUUUUUGCCCUGUACCACCACAUAUUUUUAGAGAGCACUAUGAGGACUUUAUUGUUUGAUUGACUUUUUCCAUUACCGUAUCUUUCGGACUAUACAUCGCAUCUGAGUAUUGAUUAAUCCGAGCAAAACGACCGAAGGUAUCCUGCCCACCACUGCUGAGGUGUGUCGCCUGCAGCACACUGCCAACGGCAGCUAACGUUACUGUUUACAUUGACUGACACUUGGCUGCUGUAGACCCCAAUCACCAACGUCACACAAUCACGUGAUCGCUGUAUUGUGCUGCCAUAUUGUCCGUCAUUGUGCAUCCGUAUUGUCAAUGAUCGUAGUUUCCAAAGGUGGAUUCACUUGCAAAUUAUGGAAGCCCCGGUGCUUUCAGACGCUGUGAACUCAUUGGAUGAGUUGCAUCAAAGCCGUUAUUUGGAAAAGCUUUGGUCGAUCUAGUCGCCGGAUCCAUAUUUGAUGCCCAAACUGAUGUUUCCUCCCGUCCGGUCCCGUCCCGUGCGUCAGAGCUCGUCCUGAGACCACAAAAUUUCCAAUCAUACUCCAGUUUAUGUCACGAUGAGGAGUCGGGUACCCAAAUUCGGCACCGGCCCGAAUAUAAACCGACAUUUGGUCAGCUGAGCGUCACCGUUGUCACGAUUGUAAAAUGAAACUUGAUCGACAACGGGCCGCUGUGUGCCGCAAAAUAGCUGCCCCGCGUGAAAUGUCCCACCUGAUGGGAGCGCUUAUUUAUAACGCUUUAUUGACGUGAAACAUCAAAUGUUUUCAUGGACGCAUUACAGUAAUGGAUUUACGACUAAGAUCAGUUUUAAAUAAUUAAAUUACACAAAAUAUUAGCACUGUAUUUUGUAACAAAUGGUGGACUGGGCCACAUAACCAUCUUUGAACAGAAAUGUAUUAGUCUACAGAUUUUCACGACCAUACCCCAAUGACAAUCACACAGGUAUGACAUUUAAUAGUUCAAGCAGAGUAGAAUAAUACAUAUUCAUGGUACAAGAAAGUCAUUUCCGUGUGGGCGCUCCCGUCUGGGGACAUUUCACGCAGGGCGGCUAUUUUUCGGCACAACACCGGUUGUUGCGCUCACCUUCUUGCUGCGCGACCGUGGCGACGAGCUUCGUAGUCUCCGUCUGAUGAUGUCUGCGAUCGUGUUGGCAUCAUAUUGAUGUUUUCGCCGCUGUCUAACGGCUGUCGACACAAACGCAUCAUGGCCCGAGAUAACCAAACCGUGCUGCUUUAGAGAUUUGCCCUUUUAACAAUGGGCACACAGCAACUACUAAAAUGACCGUUUAUCUUCUCUGUUACUGCAACCAACCGCCACACAUGCCUUCACCCUUUUGAUUAAUCAAUGUUAACGAUUGUCAGGAAGGUUUUUGGGUUCGUUUACUAGGCGGUGAUUCCUUAGACAAGCAGAAAAACACGCAGUAAUAGGAGGAAUGUACGUAGCAGUAAUAUGUAAACACGAUGAGCUGACGGACAAUAUGGCGGCACCAGUCAGGGGGGCGGAGUUGUGACGUCACGUGAUUGAGGUCUCAAACACCCCAGUAACGGUGGCCAACCACUAGAGGGCGACACACACAAAUCUCUACACGGAUUAGUCAAUAAAUCGCACUAGCAAAAAAAAAAAAAAAAGCACAAAGUAGAAGGAAAAAAACAAGUAGCAACUGAGUAUAAAUUACAUUCUAUGGGGGAAAUUUAGGUGAUAAAAUCCAAGAGUAACCUCCGCAUUUCGCCAGUUGCUUACAAGUUUCUUGCUAACUCCAAACUUUGAUAUAUCAGCAUAUUCAAUUUUUCUCACAUAUCUUUUGUACGUUUGCUGUUCUUUGUGACUUUCAAUGAUUGUAUAACCUUGCUUGUCAUUAAAAAAAAAAUGUCAACAUGAA